AAAAUUAUUUUCACAUAUGUGUCGGAAAGCAUCAUGUGAAGAGCUUCUUGAAAAAGUAGUAACUCUCAAGUCUUGUGGAGGUUGAUGAGGAUCUAUGGUUGUCGGAGUCCUUCAUAUUUUGAAACACUAUGGAUUCAUUAACAUGGCAACUUGGCAGAAUCAAAGCCACAACAGUGACAGAGGAGAGAAGCUUAUGUGGUCUGUUUGGAAGUGGUCUAUAUGAAGUGAAUUGUGAUAGAUAAUUGGAGAUAAGCAGAGAAGCCUUUUGUCUGUUGCUGUGUGUGUGAGCAGAGCAAACUAACACUGAUUUCCGAAGGGACACUAAUACACAAAAGCUCAUUGAUAUGUAACUCCUACGACAGACAAUUGUCCCAUGUGUAUUUUUUCUUAGUUUCUAGUAUUAGUUAAUGUAUUACAAUGUCAAGAAUUCAACGGAACGGCUUUGCCCAAAUCCCCUAACAGAGCAAGACGUGGGCCUGAAGGUAUCGGUCAACAAUGUUAUCUUUCCGAACAUUUAUUUUGUAUAACCUUUUUCGGACGUUUCGAAUAUUUAAGGUAGAUAUCUUGUAAUUCCGAUCUAAAAAAAUCUGAAACAUUAUUGAGGUUUCCCAUUUUACAAAUAUUAGUCUUUAUUUAUAGAAUAUAUAAAUAUACUAUUAAUUUCAAAAUAUUUAACCAUAUAUGUAUACGAGAUAUCCAAAACUGUUUGAAGAUUCUAGGAGUUUCCAAGUAUACAGAGCGAGUUUCUAUGUUUUGGAAUGUAAUAACAUAUAUUUUCCAUAUAAAACCUAAUUGGAUGAUGGAGGCGACUCGUAAUAAAUCGGAAAGAUUGCAAAUCGAGAAAUUUCAGCUUAUAUGGAAUCAAGAUAAAGAUAAAAUGUAUCUUGAGAUGAUUUUGUUUCCAUACUCUCCUUGUCAUUUAACUCCCUUCACGCUCUCUACCUCUUAUAUAACGAAGGAUGGUUUCUCCAUCUCUUUCAUCCACUUCUAAACACAAGCUCCAAACGAGAUUAAAAAAAAAGGUUCCAAUCUAAUCUUCUUUUUAUUGUUUGAAAUGGCGCCAAAGGAUAUGACCGUGGAGAGAAAGGGAGAAGUUGACAUGGUGGCGAGCCCAAACGGUGGGAAAAUGGCAUACGUCACCUUUUUAGCUGGAAACCUAGACUAUUGGAUGGGUGUAGUUGGUCUAGCCAAGGGACUCCGUAAAGUGAACUCGGCUUAUCCUCUUGUGGUGGCGAUUCUUCCAGAUGUGCCGGAAGAACAUCGUCAAAUCUUGGUUGCUCAGGGUUGCAUUGUCCGAGAGAUUGAGCCAGUUAUUCCGCCAGAAAACCAAGCCGGUUAUGCUAUGGCUUAUUACGUCAUCAAUUACUCGAAGCUUCGUAUUUGGGAGUUUGUGGAGUAUGAGAAGAUGAUAUAUCUUGAUGGAGACAUACAAGUGUUUGAUAACAUUGAUCAUCUUUUUGAUUCUCCUUCUGGCUACUUGUAUGCCGUUAGAGACUGCUUUUGUGAGGGUAGUUGGUCCAAAACACCUCAAUAUGAGAUUGGUUACUGCCAACAGUCACCAGAAAAGGUGACAUGGCCAGUGGAGACUUAUGGCCCUCCGCCGCCAAUGUACUUCAAUGCUGGUAUGUUGGUCUUUGAACCAAACCUCCUCACUUACAAGGAUAUGCUUCAAGUUGUUAAAGUCACUGCUCCAACUUCUUUUGCUGAACAGGAUUUUCUGAAUAUGUACUUUAAAGACAUUUACAAGCCAAUUCCUACAACCUACAACCUCGUAAUGGCUAUGCUUUGGCGUCAUCCUGAACAUGUUGACCUUGAUCAAAUCAAAGUUGUUCAUUACUGUGCCAAAGGCUCAAAGCCUUGGAGAUUCACUGGAGCUGAAGAGCAUAUGGAUCGAGAAGAUAUCAAAAUGUUGGUGAAAAAAUGGUGGGAAAUUUAUGAUGAUUCAAGUUUGGAUUACAAGAACUUUGUGGAGACUGAGUUGAAGCUUAACCCGAUCAUCACAACCCUAGCUUCCAAGGAACCAGUCGGUGAUUGCCUUACCAGCCUCGCUCCCUCAGCCGCAUAAUCAAUCGUAUUGUGGAGUCUAUUUUAUUUCACGUUCUGUUUUUCCUUUUAGUUCAAGGUUAAGCUAUAUAUAUAAUUUUUUAUUAAAUUAUAUAUGGCAACCUCUUUUUAAGUUUUAUGUUUGUGGCUCGAGCGGCUUUGGUCUUGUGUUUUGUCAAUGACAACAACCCCGAUCACCCUCCUUGCUUUUGUGUCUCGUUCCCUUGUUAUAUCUUUUACCAAUAAUAAGAAGAGAAUGCUAUUUUGGAUUUAGUUAUGUUUUUUCUUUUGUUCUUUUCACAAAACCAGCUUAAUAAAUAUUUAAUAAUUUGAGAAGGUAUCUUUGGAUGUGACUUGUCUUCGAUAUUGUAUGAUUCUAAGCUCGAGUCUACUUGGUUUGUGACUAUUGGAUGAUGCAAACAACAGAGAAAGCAAAAUACGAGACACUUGUUUAUUCAGUGUUCACCACUUUCCUUGUUGUAAGAAGAAGAAGGAUUAAGUUACAAAAAAAAAAAAAAAAAAAAAA